UCAAAGAUUCACCCACUCCCACCGAAGAAAAAAUAUAUAUAUAUAUAAACACAUGAUGCUGAUGCAAUAUACAUAACAAAGUAUUAAAUCUUAGAUAUUGUGGGUCUCCCAUCUCUCUUGUUGUCCUCUAUACAUUUUCUUAUUCAUAUUAAAGAGAGAAAAAUGGAUACUCUCUUUAGGUUAGUCAGUCUCCAACAACAGCAACAAUCCGAUAGCAUCAUUACAAAUCAAUCUUCGCUAAGCAGAACCUCUACCACCACUAGUGGCUCUCCACAAACUGCUUAUCACUACAACUACAACAACCUCCCACCAAACGACCUUGUCGAAGAAUGCUACAACUUAUUCAUGGAUGAAGAAGACCUUUCCUCUUCUUCCUCUCAUCACCACAACAACAAUCCUAACAGCUACUACUCUCCUUUCACUACUCCCACCCAAUACCAUCCCGCCACCUCAUCAACCCCUUCCUCCACCGCAGCCGCAGCUGCCUUGGCCUCACCGUACUCCUCCUCCGGCCACCACAAUGACCCUUCCGCUUUCUCCAUCCCUCAGACUCCUCCUUCCUUCGACGUCUCAUCCAAUGCAAAGUGGGCAGACUCGAUCCUACUCGAAGCCGCACAGGCCUUCUCCGACAAGGACACCGCACGUGCUCAACAAAUACUCUGGACGCUCAACGAGCUCUCUUCACCAUACGGAGAUACCGAUCAGAAACUCGCUUCUUACUUCCUCCAAGCUCUCUUCAACCGCAUGACCGGUUCAGGCGAACGAUGCUACCGAACCAUGGUCACCGCUGCAUCCACAGAGAAGACUUGCUCCUUCGAGUCAACGCGCAAGACCGUGCUCAAGUUCCAAGAGGUUAGCCCGUGGGCCACGUUUGGACACGUUGCGGCAAAUGGAGCGAUCUUGGAAGCAGUAGACGGAGAGGCAAAGAUCCACAUCGUUGACAUAAGUUCGACGUUUUGCACUCAAUGGCCAACUCUUCUAGAAGCUUUAGCCACGAGGUCAGACGACACGCCACACCUAAGGCUAACCACAGUAGUGGUCGCUAAUAAAUUCGUCAACGAUCAAACGGCGUCGCAUCGGAUGAUGAAAGAGCUUGGGAACCGAAUGGAGAAGUUCGCUAGGCUCAUGGGAGUUCCUUUUAAAUUUAACAUUAUUCAUCACGUUGGAGAUUUGUCCGAAUUUGAUCUCAACGAGCUCGAUGUUAAAGCAGACGAGGUCUUGGCCAUCAACUGCGUAGGCGCGAUGCAUGGGAUCGCGCCUCGUGGAAACCCUAGAGACGCUGUGAUAUCUAACUUCCGACGGUUAAGGCCGAGGAUUGUGACCAUCAUCGAAGAAGAAGCUGAUCUUUUCGGAGAAGAAGAAGGCUUUGACGAUGAGUUCUUGAGAUCUUUUGGAGAAUGCCUGCGUUGGUUUAGGGUUUGUUUCGAGUCGUUGGAAGAGAGUUUUCCGAGGACGAGCAACGAGAGGCUGAUGCUUGAACGUGUGGCGGGACGUGCGAUCGUUGAUUUGGUGGCUUGUGAGCCGUCGGGUUCCACGGAGAGGAGAGAGACGGCGAGGAAGUGGUCGAGGAGGAUGAGGAACGGAGGGUUUGGGGCCGUGGGGUAUAGUGAUGAAGUGGCGGACGACGUCAGAGCUUUGUUGAGGAGGUAUAAAGAAGGAGUUUGGUCGAUGGUACCGUGCUCUGAUGCCACCGGAAUAUUCCUUUGUUGGAGAGAUCAGCCGGUGGUUUGGGCUAGUGCGUGGCGGCCAACGUAAAAGGGUUUAGGGUUUUUAUAUUGAUAUAUAUGCACGCGCCCUUGUUGGUUAAGAUAGUUGUUUCACACGUAUGGGAAUGGUUAAUGAUGGCUUGGGAUUGAGAGUUUACUACUGAGAUAAUGCGUUCAUAAUAUGAAAUUUGCUUUUCGAUAUAUUUUUUGCUUUCUUCUUUGAGUUAAGUUUUGUGAUUAGUUUGAUUUAUGCUAAAGAAUUUAAUUUUUCCUCUGUAAUGAAGGUGUUAUUUUUCGUACA